CACAAACCUGGUGACUCUCCCGCACUCCAAUAACCAUGCUAUACACAAAUCCUAUCACAACAAAAUUAAAAAAGUGCUCCACUACUAAAUAAAUUUCCAUUACAAAUUGCAUCCUGAGUUCCUGACUUGAGUUGUAUUUUUUCUGGUUUCCAAACACAGUCUGCCCCCGCUUCUUGCCAUUUCUUCAGUAGCGAAAACCCUAUUUUUCAAUAGCUUAAGGCUUAAACCCAAAAUCUCUUCGAUUCUAUUUAUCUACUCUCCAAGAAACCCUACUAAUCAGUUCACUCUUCUCUUGAUUGUUCCCAAACGAUGUCGUAUCGCCCAACCGGAAACUCAAGGACCGAUGUCCGCCGGAGCCGCUACAAGGUGGCUGUCGACGCCGAGGAGGGUCGCCGGCGGCGAGAAGACACCAUGGUGGAGAUCAGGAAGAACCGAAGGGAAGAGAGCUUACAGAAGAAGCGGCGCGAGGGUCUCCAAGCACAGCAGAUUCCCGCUUCGGCACAAUCCACUGUGCUAGAGAAGAAGGUCAAUUCUUAUUAUUCAUCUUCCCCUCUGGAUUUUGAUGAGAUACUUGUGGCAGAACCACUUGUUUUUGGUUUCCAGGCAGUGUGGGCAUUAGGAAAUGUUGCUGGGGAUUCUCCCAGAUGCCGUGAUCUUGUACUCAGUCAUGGUGCUCUGCUUCCUCUGUUGGCGCAAUUGAAUGAACAUGCUAAACUUUCCAUGCUUAGGAAUGCUACCUGGACACUUUCAAACUUCUGCAGGGGCAAGCCACAGCCUCCUUUUGAUCAGGUUAAACCUGCACUUCCUGCCCUUGCUAGUCUUAUCCAUUCAAAUGAUGAAGAAGUCUUGACCGAUGCGUGUUGGGCACUUUCAUAUCUUUCUGAUGGUACAAAUGAUAAAAUUCAAGCUGUAAUUGAAGCUGGUGUCUGUCCCCGGCUAGUUGAGCUUUUAAUGCACCCAUCCCCUUCAGUUCUAAUUCCUGCUCUUCGAACAGUUGGAAAUAUUGUCACUGGAGAUGAUAUGCAAACUCAGAUUAUCAUCAACCAUCAAGCUCUUCCUUGCCUUCUUAAUCUUUUGUCUAAUACUUAUAAAAAAAGCAUCAAGAAGGAAGCUUGUUGGACCAUAUCAAACAUCACAGCUGGUAAUAAACAGCAGAUUCAGGCUGUAAUUGAGUCUAAUAUUAUUGGUCCUUUGGUCAGCCUUCUUCAAAAUGCUGAGUUUGACAUCAAGAAAGAGGCUGCUUGGGCUAUAUCAAAUGCUACAUCUGGUGGAUCUCACGAACAAAUCAAGUACCUGGUAAGCCAAGGGUGUAUUAAGCCCUUGUGCGACCUUCUCAUCUGUCCUGAUCCUAGAAUUGUGACAGUUUGUUUGGAAGGACUUGAAAACAUCUUGAAGGUGGGAGAAGCUGAUAAAAAUAUGGGCAAUACUGGUGAUGUGAAUCUAUAUGCCCAAAUGAUUGAUGAUGCGGAGGGUUUGGAGAAAAUUGAGAACCUCCAGAGUCAUGAUAACACAGAGAUUUAUGAAAAGGCAGUGAAGAUUCUUGAAACAUACUGGUUGGAGGAAGAUGACGAGACGAUGCCUCCAGGGGAUGGUUCCCAAUCAGGGUUCAACUUUGGUGGCUCUGAUGGUCCUGCUGUGCCACCCGGUGGAUUCAACUUUUAGUUAGAAGAUAUUCGUGUUUUUUUCUUGGGAGUUUUGGCUGGUUUAAAGACGUCCAGUACCACAGGACGACAAUUGGGUCAAGUUAAUGCUUUCCUUGUGUGCGUCCUUUAAGGUCCGUCCUUGGUAAAUAGAGGGUUGCUGGACCGAGCUUUGGUUUUCGCAGUGGCCGGUUUACAUAUCACAUGGUGUCAGAUGGGUUGUGGCAUGAUAUUUUUGCCAAUUGAUAGCACUUCAUUCUGCCAAGUGAUCAUCAUCAUACAAUUGAUGUUCAGUCUUGUGGUUUUUCCUUUGUAAUAUGCUAAAUAUUAUUUGUUUGUCCUUUAUUAUAGUUACAAGGAAACGUUGAAGUCUUGGUUUUACCAAAUCCCUUGUGACCUGUAAGCUUUUUUUGACGACGAAGCUUUGAUGUUUUCGCUGAUGUUAAAUUGUUCGUUGUCAUAUUGGCCCUCGUUUCGUUAUGAUUUUUUAUGUAUUUCUUGUUUGGUUCGGGAAGCCAAAAAGUAUUGUGCUUCCCCUGUUGUGUAUUAGAAUCUUAUAUCUAGUUGGUCAUUUUCGCCACCAAAUUUUUGUCUCC